UGAGAUUUACAUUCAGUUGAUUUUCAGAAAAUUUUACACUUAAAUAUCAAUCUCAGUUUAUCAAUCUCAGUUUAUCAAUCUCAGUUUUAAUUUAGUUUUCUGUUGAAGUAUAAUAAAAGUUGGUUUUAUUUAAAAGUUUGUUUUAUUUAAAGUUUGUUUUAUUUAAAGUUUGUUGAUUUCCUUGGUUUUAAAAAAUUAUACAAUAUAAUAUUAAGACUUUAUGGAAACAGAACAAUUUUCUUAACGAAAGUAGAUUUUUCAUUAACAAACUAUUAAGCUAACUAAAUGAUAAAGUUUUGGUCGUAAUGAAGUGUAUACACCUAUGCAUAGGCGUUAUCUCAAUGAUGGGUAUUGUUUGUAACCAAAGCUCCACAACCUUUUCAUUAUUAACUGAAGCAGCAAAAACUUUUUCAAAAACAUUAGAUAAAUACUUAAACAAAGUUACAAAUUACAAAGCAUUAAACGAAGAGUUAAACAUGUUUGCCGAAAACGUUGAAAUUAAAAAAAGGAAUGGAAAGGAAAUAAGCGACAAGUUCAUCGCUCGUGUAAAAAGCUUUUUUUCUGGAAAAGAAAAAAUAUUAAAAAAUCUACAAAAAAAUAUAACGGAGAUAAAAAAGACUUAUAAAUACGAUUCGCGUAUCGCAGAGUUUAACUAUCCAAACGUACGUGCAAUAAUUGAGGUUGAAUCACAAUCAAAUGUAACUUUCCAACAAGUAGUAAAUAAGUUUCCAACUGAUGAUCUUAUUAAUGACACAUUAAGCUAUGUCCAUGUUCCCAUGAGUGUUGAUGAAAGAAGUAAAGAAAUAUUAAACGCUGUGAAAUGGACUCAAAACCUAGAUAAAAUAUUUAAAUACAAUAUGAACAGUGACAGCUCUCUUUACUUUCAAUAUUAUUGCGAUGUUUCAGGUCUUUUCCGAAUAUUUCCUGGAGAAAUAAGUUUUAUGAAACAAAACAGAUCCGACUUAUAUGACUGCAGACGUCGUGUUUGGUAUCAACAAAGCGUCUCUAGUCCAAAAGAUGUUGUUAUUGUUAUUGAUAGAUCUGGAUCGAUGACUGGAAAAAGUUUUUCUAUAGCAAAGAUAGCUGCUCGAAUGAUUAUUGAUGCUUUGGGAGAAAAUGAUUAUUUCAACGUAAUUGCUGUUAGCAACAAAGCAAAAAUUAUAGAACCAUGCGUUCCAUAUCUUAUUCAAGCAACAAAGUUUAAUAAGGAAAAAAUGCAAAUCGCUAUUAACAAAAUUGAAAAACCAAAUAAUGUUCUUAAUCUUACAAAUGGUAUCCUUCUGGCAUUCAAUAUCUUAAACUCAGCUGAAAGAGGAAAUAAUAGAACUUAUCGAGUCGGUUGUAAUAAACUUAUCAUUGUAAUAAGUGAUGGAUUGGAAGGCAAUUACAAUAACGCUGGCAAAGUUGUAUUCGACAAAAUGAAUUCUGAAAAAAAUGUUCGUGUGUUUUCAUAUCUUGUAGGUCGAGUAAAAAAUCCUAACGACCGAGCAUUAAAAGAAAUGUCUUGUAAUAACCGAGGGUAUUUUUAUAAAAUAGAAACUCUUGGUAACAUUUGGGAUUCUGUUGUAGGGUAUUUAGAGGUGUUGAGUCGAUCAUUGGCAAGUCAUAAAGAUGACAUAAAGCCAACAUUAUCUCCAGUUUAUUUAGAUUCUUCCGGAAGAAACAUGGUGUUGACAAUGUCUUUAGGUGUUUUUAACGAUAAAAAAAUAAGCGGUGUAGUUGGAAUCGAUAUUCUUUUAAGUAUAUUUAAGUUAGCUGUUCCUGAAUAUGAAUUAGGGUUGUUUAGUCAUUUAUUAGUAAUCAAUGAAAACGGAUUUGUAGUUGAACACCCAAAAUUUAGAUCUCAGCAUGGUUAUCUGCCAUCUCCAAUAAAUGUAUUACUAGAAAAUUUAGAAUAUAGUGUAAAUAAAAACGACUCUAUAAUGUUAAAAGAAAAAAUGUUACAAGGAAAAAAUGAAUCAAUGCAGUUUCCUAUAUUUUGGUUGUAUGACAAUGAUCGCAAGAUAAUGAUCACUAACGUCACACAUUAUUUUAAUCCAAUCUAUUAUUCAGAGAUAAGCGCAUCAUAUGCAAUUAGUGAGACGGACAUAUUUUAUUACAAAGUAAACCGCUCAAUAGUUAAUUCGUUAUUCAAAAAAGGAGUUAAUGCAUUAUAUGUAGAUCCACAUGAAAAUGCAACAAACAAUUCUCACUACAGUACUUUCGUAGAUAUACCAAAUUGGUUGUUUUGUGACAAACUAAUAAUCAGCAAAUUAAAAUGGAUGUAUAGUGAAACAAACAACAACGUAAAAAACUUUCUUUCAGUCGCCGACCUUCACUCCUUUUUAUCCGUUUAUAAAAAAAUUGAAGAUAUUAAUGAUCGAUGUAACGAAGAACUAAUCAGUAAUUUACUAGUGACAGCUGCAAUAGUUCACAAGUACGUUAAUGAAAGUUGUCAGUUUCAUCAAACUGGAAGUGUAAAAAAAAAUACUUUAUUUCAAUCACUUUACGUAUCCACUUCAGGAGGUUAUACAAGAUAUAUUACUAUUAACAAAACAGUUACGAAACCGGAUCUCAAUAGACUUCGAAUAUCUUUGUUUGAAGAUGCAAUAUCUUUUCCUAACUUAGACAUAAUAGUGUCAGCGCCAGUUCAAUAUGGACUCGUUAAAAAAAUUAUUCAUAUUAAAGCUUCAUCUUGGAUAAAACGUAACGGUGAAAAAGUAUUAAUGGCAAUUACUGGAGCCGAAAUUAAUUUUGAACUGUUCAAAGAAAUGUUUGACAAUGUCAUAAAAUCAAUUGGACUAAAUUGUAAAACCAACACAACAAUCACCUGUGCUAUUAUUGAUCAAAACGGUUACAUCGUUUUCAGCAAUCUAGGUGAUGACUCAAUAGGAACUUUCUUUGGAAAAUAUCAAGGAAAUCUAAUGUCUUAUUUAUCAACACCUAAUGUUUCAAUAUUCAAAAAGAUUGAACUUGAAGACACUCAAGCCGUGUGUCCAGAGCCAAAAACAUACUCGUCCACUUCAAAUAUUCUAUUUACACCCGCAAAGAUGUUAUUUACUUUUUUAGGAUGGAUUUUUUAUUUGUCAUGGCGUGUUUUAAAUUAUGCUUUUGUUUUCGUUGUUGCUCUACUUCAAGAAUCCACUGUUAAAAAUCAAGCGUUUGUUCGCUCCGGGUUUAUCAGUUGUUCUAAAAUAGUAUCAUUUUAUUUAUUUCAAACUGAGAAAUGGAAUGAAGUUUACUCCAACAUAAGUAAUCAAAAUAAAACUUCUCUGCGUUUUGAAUGUGCACCUUCUAAAUACAUUUAUUUUGUAUUGGCUGUUAUUCCAAAAACCAAUUUGAUAUUUAUUAAUGUGGAUGUUCCGUCUGAUAUUAACUGUAGAAAAGAAACUUUGGAGUUGUUAAAAGAAAAAGAUCAAACCGCCUCCUUUUGCACUCAAGAAGAAACCUUUCGAGCUUCUCCCGGUGUUUGUUAUAAUGAAAAUUUUAUUUAUGAAGAACAACCUGAGUUUUGUGGUGAUGCUUGUUUUUCGCAUCAAUCGUGUGCUCUUUUUAUAUUAUCAGCUAUUAUAUUUUUUAUAAAACUUGUCUUUUAAGUUGAAUUUAGGCAAUUUACUCGCUUGGAUUUUUAUAGUUAAUUGAUUCAAAUAUCAAUUUGAAAUGAUAUGAUAUUUGAAUAAAAUAGAAAUCUUUUAAUAUUAUUUACAUAUAAGACAUAUUAAAUUUUAAUUUAAUGAUUUUAAGUACGUUUAUCUCAACAUAUAUCUCCGAUCUUCAAAAAGUUUUCUCUCCAGUAG